GCGCAACAAAUUGAUUAUGCAACUAGAAACCUCAAGCAUUCUCUAUUGACAGAUAUUUCAAUAUUUGCGCCUUGAGAUUCAAAUUACGACAUCUACAUAAUUAGCCCGCGCUGGUCGCGGCCAUUUGAACCGUCACCAUGCCACCACAAUUUCCAUCCUAUCACCGGGGCAUGACCAAAAACCCGCUGAAACCAGUCAAACGAUAUCGCCCCGGAAAAGCGCUUGCAGAAGAACAUUCAUUGAAAGAGGAUGAUGAGGAGGAAGAGAUUGCACAAGAAGAAGAGAGACGAAGACAGGAAGAAGCGAAAUGUCGUCAGCAAACACGACCAGCCCCAAAGGCUACUUCUUUUCCGAGCUCUACGGCUGGGAAGGUUACAAAGGAGGUUAAAGAUGUGACGCUGGAAGAUGAAGAUGAGGAAGGAUUUAUUACAGAGGAGGAAGAGGAAGUAGCCAAGCCGAGCACUAUUCAGAAACCGGCCGUUGCUCGUCAGGCGCCAUCAGCGGCCGUAGAAUUAGAGGAAGAAGAGGAAGAAGAGAUAGAGUCAGAGGAGGAAGAAUCAGAGGAAGAAGAAAGCUCAGAAGAGGAGGCACCGAAGAGAGUCCUCCUUCGGCCGACAUUCAUCAAGAAGGACAAGAGGAAAGGAAAUGAAGAAAACGGUGAUCAAGCUUCUUCUGCACCAGGCGUUGCCGACACAGCAGCAGAAGCAGAGGCUCGCCGAGCACAACGACAGGAAAAAGCAGACUUUCUGGUACGUGAUCAACUCGAAAAGGAAGCCAUGGCACGACUCGCAGGAAAGAAAGCAUGGGACGAAGACGAGAACAUUGCCGCUGAGGAAGAAGCUCUCGACGAUCGUGACGGUCUAGAUCCGGAAGCCGAAUACGCAGCCUGGAAACUCCGAGAACUCAAACGCAUCAAACGACAGCGCGAAGCAAUCGAAGCGGCUGAAAAGGAACGCGAAGAGAUAGAACGACGACGAGCCCUAAACCCAGAAGAGCGAGAACGUGAAGAUCGGGAAUUUAUUCAGAAACAAAAGGAAGAGAAAGAAGCUGGUCGUGGUCAGACUGGGUUUAUGCAACGAUAUUUCCACAAGGGAGCUUUCUUCCGAGAUGACCUUGAGCGUGAAGGGUUGGAUAAGAGGAAUAUCAUGGGAGCUCGAUUUAUAGACGAAACGAAUCGUGAAGUAUUACCUGAAUACAUGCAAAUCCGGGAUAUGACGAAAUUAGGAAGAAAAGGACGAACACGAUAUAAGGAUCUUCGAUCUGAAGAUACGGGUCGAUGGGGUGAAGGGUUUGAUAAUCGACCUCGACGUCCUCGCGACGAUGAUAAAUUCUUGCAGAAUGUAACCGAUGAGCGAUUCUUGCCGGACAGGGAUCGUCCUCCGUCAGAGAAGACCGUCGCCGUCGUCGAUCGUAUUCAAGAAGGAGAUCUAGCAAGUCUCGCUCCCGCUCACAUUCUCCCAGGACAAGAGAUUAUAAACGAUAUGAUGAUGAACGUCCUCGGGACAGGAGUAGGAAUAGAGGUCGGUAUAGGGAUGAUUAUCAACAUGAUCGAGAUAGGAGAGAACAGCGAAAAAGAAGUCAUUCACCUUAUGAUGAUCGAGACAAACGUCGUCGGACCGAGAGUAGAGUGUCGCCUUGAUACUCAUCCAUAUGUACAUUAUCUUUGGCCAUUAGCCCUGAAAUCUACAUACUUAAUGCAUGACCAUUAA